AUGGCUGAUGAUGCAUGGGGCCAGAUGAUGAUGAGCAAAGGUGACCGACCUGUCAUCUUUGAAAACAUAAUCACCAGAGCUAAAAGGCAGUAUGUCGAAGCUCAAUGCCAGUGUGCCCCAGCGGCUACCGAUUGCCCUCGUGGACCUCCUGGUCCACCUGGACUGCCUGGACUUGAUGGUGAACCAGGUACUCCUGGUCGAGACGGAGGAGGUGGUCACCCUGGACAGGCUGAACAGCAUGAUAUAACAAAGUCAUGUAUAAGAUGCCCGGCUGGGCCCCCUGGAGCUCCUGGACCCGAUGGUUCGGCUGGACCUCGUGGACAACCAGGUAAUCCAGGAGCAGACGGAAUUGGAGGAGGCACUGGUGCAGCAGGAGCACCUGGUCCUGCUGGAGCUCCAGGUGCUGACGGUCAUCCUGGAGCACCUGGAGCACCAGGACAAGAUGGAGCUCCGGGAACGAGACAGAUCAAUAGUCCGGGACCUGCGGGAGCACCAGGACCAGUUGGACCUCCCGGACCCAAUGGACAGAAUGGUUCAAGCGAUGGCGGCGGUGCACCAGGACCCGCUGGCCCCCCUGGAGCACCGGGUAGAGAUGGAGAAAAUGGUCAACCUGGUGCCCCUGGAGCACCAGGAGCUAAUGGAGCCCCAGGAGCCGAUGCUGCUUAUUGUCCCUGCCCUCACCGCACCACGACACUUGCCUAA